UAACCAAAGCUUGUCAAAUGACACAUACUAUUUAAGUUGACAGUAAAAAUCCAAUUAAACAUUAAUUUUUCAAGUAUAAAUAUUAUUAAAUAAUAAUUUAAAAAACAUAAUACAAUUUUCACUGUUUUAUAUUUCAACCAAUAGGGGUUGCAUAAUUGGUUUCACAGUUCUGUCGCAUUUUGCUUCUACAAUUUCAUUGGCCCACGCCAGAAUUGACGUCCAUUCUCUCAAGAACGUUCGAGAAAAAGUUUUGUGGCCAUACAUUCCCUUGUACAUUUACCACGAGACGAAAUAUUCAGCUGAAAAUCACAAUUAUACUUUCAACUGCUCAUAUCACAUCGUGUGAUUAUAACUUGUGCAUUAUUUUUCCAGAAAUUAUUGAUUUAUUAUUUUAAUUAAAAUUCAACGGGUCAAUAAAACCUUGAAGUAUAAAUUUUGACAUUGACAAUUUGUAUCAAUAAAAAAAGUAAAGAUGGUAAAGGAAACUACGUUUUAUGACUUGUUGGGUGUAAAACCAGAUUGUACUCAAGAUGAGUUGAAAAAAGCCUACAGAAAACUUGCCCUCAGAUAUCACCCAGACAAAAACCCUGAUGAAGGUGAAAGAUUCAAGCAAAUUUCCCAAGCUUAUGAGGUUCUUUCGGAUCCAGAAAAGAAGAAUAUUUAUGAUCGUGGUGGUGAACAAGCUCUCAAGGAAGGUGGUUUGAACAGUGGUUUCUCAUCACCAAUGGAUCUCUUUGAUGUAUUGUUUGGUGGUGGUGGUGGCAAUCCAUUUGGUCCAUCUGCACGUAGGAAAAAUAAUCGUGGUAAAGAUGUUGUUCAUCAAUUAUCUGUAUCAUUGGAAGAAUUGUACAAGGGAACAACGAGAAAACUUGCAUUGCAAAAAAAUGUUAUUUGUGAUAAAUGUGAAGGUCAUGGUGGUAAAAAAGGAGCUGCUGAACAAUGUUCUAAUUGUCAUGGUUCUGGUAUUUGUGUACAAAUCCAACAAUUGGGACCUGGUAUGGUACAACAAAUUCAUUCAUCAUGUUCUCAUUGUAAAGGACAAGGUACAAGAUUUAAUCAACGUGAUCGUUGUAAGAAUUGUAAUGGAAAAAAAACAAUUAGAGACAGGAAAAUAUUAGAGGUUCAUAUUGACAAAGGUAUGACUGAUGGACAAAAAAUUGUCUUCAAUGGUGAAGGUGAUCAAGAGCCUGAUCUUGAACCUGGUAAUAUCAUGAUUAUUCUUGAUGAAAAAGAGCAUCCUGUGUUUAAACGUCAUGGACACCAUCUUGUCAUGCCCAUGACAUUAACACUGGUCGAGGCACUAUGUGGCUUCCAAAAAAUUGUUAAAACACUUGAUGAUAGAGAUCUUUUAAUAACAUCAUUACCUGGACAAGUUAUUCAACAUGGUGAUUUAAAAUCAAUACCAAAUGAAGGAAUGCCAGUAUACAGAGAUCCAUUUACAAAAGGAAAAUUAACAAUUCAAUUUACUGUUAAAUUUCCAAGAUCAAUUGAUCCAGCAAUUAUUCCAAAAUUGGAACAAUUUUUACCACCAAGAGAAACAAUUAUUGUUCCUGAUGGUGCUGAAGAAGUUUUACUUGAAGAUUAUGAUCUUGAUGCUGAUACUAGAAUGCAACAAGAAAGAGGCGAAGCUUAUGAUGAGGACAAAAGAGGAUCCGUUCAUGUUCCAUGUGCAACGCACUAAUUAAUUAAUUAAUUAAUUCAAAUGAAUAAAUUUAAAAAAAAAUUAAAAAAAAAAUAGUUCAGACCACUUUUGAUUCCAAAUAAUGAAAUAUAAAAAAAACAAACUUGAAUAAUAAACUUUGAUCAAUCAGGCAUGAUGAUAUUAAUAUUUUUUUGUCCUGAUAAAUCAAUUAUGUUUAAUUAUCAAUAAAAAAAAAACAAGGUUUUCGGUAUGCACUUUAACGUUUAUUUAUCUUUGUUUUUUUUCUUUUUUUUUUUUUUUUUUACCAUUUUAGUAACAAAUUUAAAAAGUUGAUUUACGAAAGUGGUCGAUGAAAAUAUUUAGCUGUAUUAAAUUCUGUUCAAAACUAUCACUAAUAAUUGAUUUAAAGAAAAAUAUAACUUAUAAACAAUAAAUUUUAAUUUGUUCAAAAGUUUAUUUUUUUUUAAUUUGUAUUAUAGAAUUUGAAAAAAAAAAAAAACUGCUUGACAAUUGACAUUGAUUUUUUUUUUGUGAUUAAAUACAUUUUCUAAAAAUUUUAUCAUGAAAAAAUUGAUUGUUUAAUCAGCUUUUAACAAAAUUAAAAUCAUGAAUAAUAGACAAAGUGAAAGUGUCCAAGAAAACAAUUUAUUUCACAUUGGUCCUUCUUCAUUUCACCCCUAAUUAAAUUACUUGUGUAAACUGACGUUUAGUUACGACAAAUAAAUCCUAAUAAUUGUAUCAUAGGACAAAAAAAAAAUUACAUUGUACUCGUCAUUUUUAAGUAACUUGUCAACGUAACAAAUACAUUGUAUGAUCAUUCAUUUAAUAAAUCAUUCACACAUAA